CAGUAUUUAUUUACCUCCCCCAUUUUUGUUUUCAACUGCAACAUGUGUUUUCUAGUUUCUAUUACUAUUGUCCUGAUUGACUUUGGACUUGAGCAUGGUUUAUUAUAGGCCAUGCUUUUUGAAUAAGAAGAGCUAAGAAUGUGACCACUGUUUGAAACCGUUCUCGUGCAUGUAUGUCACGUAUUUUCACUUCUUGUAUUGUAUAUACUUGAGAAUUCUUUUUUUUUUUUUGGUAAAAUACUUGAGAUAUUAUUAGUAGUGUAGAUGUAGUAGACUUGAGCAGUCAUUAUCAGGGCCCCUCAAUAACUCAAAGGCUAGCUAACUCCUCAACUAAUCUCAUGGUCCAUGUUUGUUGGUUUUCCCAUUAAUCUACAAUCAAUUCAGUUCAGUGAAACGGGUUUUGGACAAUUCAAGCAAAGAAAAAGGUGAGAGAGAGGAAAAGGAAAAAAAAAGAAUAUAUAUCUAAGGGACACCGUUUGGUAAGUGCUUGAAAUUGGGACAAAAUCAUUGCCAAUUGAGACCACCUUUAAUUAUCUUCACUACUCUGCUUUCGGUUUCCGCAAUCCCUGCAAUCCAUAUUCCAAUUCAGUUUCCUUUAUCUGUUUUCUUAUUUUUUCAUACCAGAGAGUUUCCCUUGAGAGUUGAAUCCAUUGAAAAGAGAGAAGAAAGAAUUGAGUAAAGCAUGGCAUUUGCAGGAACAACCCAGAAGUGUAUGGCUUGUGACAAGACUGUUUAUCUAGUUGACAAGCUAACAGCGGAUAACCGUGUUUACCACAAGGCCUGCUUCAGAUGCCACCAUUGCAAAGGCACUCUUAAGCUUAGCAACUACAACUCCUUUGAGGGAGUGCUCUACUGCAGGCCACACUUUGAUCAGCUCUUUAAAAGAACUGGCAGUCUUGACAAAAGUUUCGAAGGGACACCUAAAAUUGUAAAACCAGAAAGACCACUUGAUAGUGAUAAACCUGCUGUGGCCAAAGUAACAAGUAUGUUUGCUGGAACUAAAGAUAAAUGUGUUGGCUGUAAGAUUACUGUCUAUCCAACUGAAAAGGUUACAGUAAAUGGAACACCUUACCACAGAAGCUGCUUCAAAUGUUGCCACGGAGGGUGUACUAUCAGUCCAUCGAACUACAUUGCACACGAGGGUAGACUCUACUGCAAACAUCACCAUACCCAACUCAUCAGGGAGAAGGGCAAUUUGAGCCAGCUUGAGGGUGACCAUGCCAGUAAGGAUGGAGUUGCGGAGAAACUCAACACCACAGAAGUUGCUGCAGAAAUAUGAAUGAAUGAACUACUUCUAGUUGUCUAUGUUGCUCUCGUUUCCCUUGCCUCGUUAUCAUUUCACUGCCUUCCUAAACACAUUUCGUUGGAUUCCUAUAUAUAGUUGACACGUGCAUUCAUUUGUUGCUUUUGGGUUUCGUUGUGAGAUUUGUAAAUGAACAAAUGAGAUACCAAAAAACAAAACUCUGUAGUUGUUCUUAUGAUCUCGGUUUUGUUCCUCUUGAGAGACCUAUUGGGUUUGCUUGUGAGCUCUUAUUGUGUCCCCCCAUUUAUGUUGAAUAAGUAUUGAGGUAUUUACUUUCCCCCCUCUUAUUA